AUGGCGACUUCCAGCUCCAAGGCGUUUGCACCAGUGUCACUCUCGGCGUAUCAAGCAGGGAUGCUCGAGACUUUGAUGACACAACAAGUGCAAGACGCCAUGCUCGCUCGCUCGGUGCAGGUUGCUAAGGAGAACGAGCUCGACUCGGAUUGGCGCUUCGUUAGUUCACUUGGCCAGCUUAAGACAUUCAAGCUGCGAGGGUCCGAUCCGUUCAGCUCAACGUCAUCUUGGGCUACGACCCUCGAGAAGACCACACGCUCUACAGCAUGCAACUUAAACGACAGGUCCACCUUGGGAGGACACACGUACAACAAGCGCAACCGAAGCAGUAGCUGGACGCGUCAAACGAUUGGUGGCGAUUGUGUUCAUAGAGAAUCUCAGUCACUUCAGUCCUUUCGCACCUUCGGACGUGUCCAAGGCAAUUACCGGGACAUCGUGGGUGUUCACCACGCAGUAAACUCUUCAGACUUCGUUCACUACCAGAAACUACUGUCCCCUAUGGUGAUCGAUGGCGCUGUACUACGCACAAUCGGAGCCACAAAUGAGAGCUAUCUGGGCAUCAAGUGGCUGGCAGAAAACUCGAUUUCCGGGAAGCGCGAUGUCCGUUUCGCCGAGAUGGUAGGAUAUACCAGAGAUGCCAAUGGAAGGGAAAUCGGGUUCGUGGCGUCCGCUUCGAUUGAUGUUCCAGACGCACGAUGCUAG